CUAUCCUGUGGCACAGGAAACAUCUUUAUCCAAAGAUAUAGUUACUCUAGAUGGUUUUACCUUGGCCUCCAGCACCAUGGCAGGAAUCUUUGUUCAGGGUUUGUCCUUUAACUCCCACAUAAAGCAGAAAAACUAAUCCAUGCAUUUGUUACUUCUAGGCUGGAUUACUGCAACUCCUCAUUAUCAGGUUGCCCCAAUAAGUCCACUGACAGGAACUAGGAAAAUAGAUCAUAUUUCUCCUGUAUUAGCUUCUCUGCAGUGGCUCUCUGUAAAAUGAAAAUCCUCCUCCUCAUCCAACCCAUCUUACCAAAACAGUAAGGCUGUUAUUUAACGUGUUCUUUGUAUAAACACAGGAGAGAAAACUAUUUAGAUCAGACUUUGAAAAAUGGAUCACCGGAUUGAUUUUAGUCACUUGCCUCUCAGGGCUUCCGUAGUUGGUCAGACGCUCUCAUUAUAGAGAUAACUGUCAGACUAUGUGAAUACCUAACAACCUCUUAAUGUAAUUUAACAAAACUUUUCUUCCAAAAUCAUUAAUAAUCAUCAUUAAACAAUCUAAAAAUGUCACAGGAGAGUUUUUACAUUUAACUGAUGAAACUUAAAUAGAAGGAUUUUACUUACAGCUAAUGCAGUAUUAUUAUUAUUAUUAUUAUUAUUAUUAUUAUUUGUACAUUGAGUAAAAGUACACAUUAUUUAUUCAGUAAACUGCAGAGACAGUUAUUUUCUGUUGUGAUCAGCUGACCUGCAGCUCCGGCUCGUCACAUGACAUCCGUUUCCCCCUGUUUCUAUCCGUCAGACUCAGCUGAACUGAACAACACCAGAUAAGUAAACUAACACUGUAAAACAAUAGUUUGGUUAUUGUGUGUUUUUUUUGCCUGUUUUUUGGCAAAAUAGGUGAAGGGAAAUGCGGAAUGUACCGUCGCCGAACUCGGUUCAAAAUACGGUAGUUUGACGUUAGCCUCCCGCGCCUCGCUCCGGUGUUUUUGUGGAAGAAGAGCGACGUGGUGACGGUUGGACAAGUUUAAAUCGGACAGGAAUUGGGAUUGUAUUGCGCAUUUAGUGUGCACCGAAUUGACAACUGGAUUGCACCGAGUCGCAGACAUCAUACAUAUUUCUCCCUUAAGCCGAGCGGGAAGAGCGGACUGUCUCCACUCGUCUGCUGAGAGAGGAAAACAUGCCGUCCAACAAAUCAGUGUCUGAUGCUCCCAUCACCCAGUUCAUCAACUGCAGGAUACUGAGAGACCACCAGCUGCAGAGAGAGGACCUGUGGGUGCGUGAUGGGAGGAUUUUAGAUCCGGAGAAGCUGUUCUUCGAUGAGCAGGGUUACGCCGACAAGCGUGUGGACUGUGAAGGCAGCAUCAUCGCCCCCGGCUUCAUAGACGUUCAGAUCAAUGGAGGGUACGGCAUCGACUUCUCUCAGGCCUCCGAGGACGUCGUCGCUGGAAUUUCUUUUGUGGCGAAGAAGAUCCUGGAACACGGAGUGACGUCCUUCUGUCCCACUCUGGUCACCUCUCCCCCGGCCGUCUACCACAAGGUUCUGCCUCAGGUCAAAGUUCACAAUGGAGGAGCUCAUGGAGCUGGAGUUCUUGGUUUUCAUCUGGAGGGUCCGUUCAUCAGCCUGGAGAAGAAAGGAGCUCACCCGGAGCAGUUCCUCCGAACCUUCCGGUCUGGAGGCAUCGAGGACGUGAUGGAGGCCUACGGCAGCCUGGACAACGUCGCCAUGGUGACGCUGGCUCCGGAGCUGGCCAGCAGCCAAUCGGUGGUGAGGGAGCUCUCCAAGAGAGGCAUCACCGUGUCCUUAGGUCACUCUGUGGCCAACCUGGCCCAAGCUGAGGAGGCUGUUAAGCACGGAGCCUCCUUCAUCACUCACCUCUUCAACGCCAUGCUGCCUUUCCACCAUCGGGACCCUGGUAUUGUGGGUCUGCUGACCAGUGAUCAGGUUCCUGCAGGCAGGACGGUCUACUAUGGCAUGAUAGCAGACGGGAUCCACACCAACCCCGCAGCCCUGCGUAUCGCUCACAGAGCUCACCCUUCAGGUCUGGUGUUGGUGACCGAUGCGAUCACAGCGAUGGGUCUUCCUCCGGGUCGUCACACUCUGGGUCAGCAGGUGAUCGAGAUCCAGGGUCUCAACGCUUACGUAGCAGGCACUACGACCCUCUGCGGCAGCAUAGCCACACUGGAUAUGUGUAUACGGCACUUUAAACAGGCUUCAGGCUGCAGUGUGGAGGAAGCUCUGGAAGCUGCCUCGCUGCAUCCAGCUCAGCUCCUGGGUAUCAGCCACAAGAAGGGAAACCUGGACUACGGCUCAGACGCAGACCUUGUGUUGCUCGAUGACGGCCUCAACGUCAGCGCCACGUAUAUCUCUGGAGACGAGGUUUGGCGCAGAGGACCAUAGAAGAAGAAAUCAGACAGCUGGGACCUGCGGUGCCUUCAGGGGACGCUGUUCAUCACAGAAUCACGAAUCUGGUGAAUGUUUUAAUUCAUCAGAACAGUGUUAACAGCCAGUGCUUUGAUUCCUCUUUAAAAAUCAGUAUUUUUUUAAAUUACAUCAAGUAUCAGCAAUCUGAGUCUCUUAUUGACUCUUAUCUGAGUGUUGGAUUUGAGGUUUAUUCUGGGUGUCUUGAUGUUUCAUAGAUGACAUAUUAAUGGAUUUAUGAAUGAUUACUGUAAACAGGUUGUUAUUAGGCUGCGUUCAGAUGCUUUACAGUUUACUGUAAUCACAUUUAUAUUGAUGUUUUGCUAUUAAACUGGAUAAAUCAA